AUGGAGCAGCGGUUACGUGCCGAGAGCAGGAGUCAUACCGCCCCGGGCAUAAUAACGACAAAUGGCCACUUUGCGUCUGUGGGAGAUGCAGCCCACGAUCCCAAGGCGUAUGAGCAUGGAGUGCAGGUCAUAGACGGCGACAAAGAGUUCAACUCCAACCUGUCCCGAUACCUCACCCUCGAAGAUGUCACCAACGCCGGUUUCAACUACCACCUCAUCUCUGUCUUUGGUUCGCAGUCAACCGGUAAAUCGACCCUGUUGAACAAACUCUUCGGAACCCAGUUUUCCGUAAUGGCCGAUAGGGAGCGUCGGCAGACGACAAAGGGUAUCUGGUUGUCGAAAAACAAAGUCAUCCAUGAAGACCCCAAGUCACGCAUGGCCGAUAAUAUUUUGGUUAUGGAUGUUGAAGGUACCGAUGGCCGUGAGCGCGGCGAAAACCAAGACUUUGAGCGCAAAAGUGCCCUUUUCGCGCUGGCCACGAGUGAGGUCUUGAUCGUGAAUAUCUGGGAGCAUCAGGUCGGAUUGUAUCAGGGAGCGAAUAUGGGACUCUUGAAGACUGUUUUUGAGGUCAAUUUGCAGUUGUUCCUCAAGGAUAAGAACACAACACCUCGAUCCCUGCUUUUCUUCGUCAUCCGUGACUUUAUGGGCUCGACGCCGCUCAAAAACUUGGAAGACACUCUUCUUGAAGACUUGUCGCGCAUAUGGGCAUCGCUUUCAAAGCCCGAGGGCUUGGAACACUCCACGAUUCAUGAUUAUUUCGAUUUCGCAUUUUACGGGCUUCCACACAAGGGAUACAAACCAGAAGAAUUCUCUGCAGAGGUAAAGAAGCUAGGAACACGAUUCCGAGAAGGCAGGAAAGGGCGCAAAGAGCAAGUUCUUGGCGAGUCUAACGACGGUGGGGUUUUCCUGCCAGAAUAUCACCGAAGAAUUCCGGCCGAUGGAUUCGCGCAUUAUGCGGAGGGAAUUUGGGAUCAGAUUAUCAAUAACAAAGACUUGGAUUUGCCAACUCAGCAGGAAUUACUGGCGCAGUUUCGAUGCGAUGAGAUUGCCAGAGGGGUUGUCGUUGCGUUCGACGAAGCUAUCAUUCCAUUCGAGGAUAAGCAGGCUGAAGGGAUUCGUGCUGGCGCACCGCUGGUUCUUGGAGGACUUGGCCCUGCUAUGCGAAGUGCGCGGAUGAAGACGCUCAAGAAUUUCGAGACAGAAGCCAGUCGUUAUCACAAGGGUGUUUACAAGCUGAAGAAAGCCGAGCUUGAGGGUAAAAUCGACACGAGGUUAAAGGCUCUCUUUCACGGCCAACUCAAUGCAGCCCACAAAGCAGGGGUCAAGGAAUUCAGUGAGGCAGUGUCAAACGCAGUCAAAGCCGGCCAAAAGAAGGGCGCUAGCUACGACUUUGCAGAGAUCGUGAAACAGGAAACCAAAGCUGCUAUCGAGCGUUUCGAAAAAGAGGCACGCGCUACUCUCGUUGAAGGUGCACCGUGGAGCAAUUACAAACAGGAGCUUCAUUUGUAUCAAAAAGAUCUGGCAGAAGUCAGUGGCCAGUUGCGGCGGGAUGAAAUGCGCCGACUCGCUACAAGGGUUGAGCGAUGGGUGCGAUCUCGCUUGUCGGAUUCGGUUGGGUUGGAAUUCAACUCCCUCGGAUCUGGACGAGGCGGGUCAGGUGCUCCUGAGACAGGAGACAAGCCUGCUGAGAACCAGAUAUGGGAUCGUAUUUGGAACCUGUUCGUUGAAACUGUGCUAGAUGCCGAGCGUCGAUUCACAGAUCGCGCCACCAGCUUCGAUGCCAGUGUUGACGAAGUCGACGUUGGUCUCUGGCGACUCCGGAGGAAGUCAUGGGUUGCGCUCCGAGAAAAGGUCGAGGAAGAGAUGAUGGAAGGGAACCUGCUGCUGAAGCUGCGGGAGAACUUUGAAGAUAAAUUCCGCUAUGACGAGGCCGGUGUGCCGCGAAUCUGGCGUCCAACCGACGACAUUGAGGGCAUCUACACGCGUGCUCGCGAAUCGACUCUCACCCUGAUCCCCCUUCUCUCUCGAUUCCGCCUCGCCGAUAACAACUCCCCUCCACCGCUCGACCGAUGGGUCGGCCACACACCCAGCUCGGUAACUGCCGCUGACGAGGAAGACCUAACCCCCAUCGGCGGAGUAGAUGAAGAGGAGGGCAAAUCCCUCGAGGAAGAAGUCACCAUUCUCAACGAUGCCAAACGCCAAGACCUGACUGUGCGCUUCAAAAAGGCUGCUGAUGGCGUCUACGUCGAAGCUAAGCGCAGCGCAAUUGGAGGGAUUACGCAGGUUCCUCUGUACUUUUAUGGACUGCUCCUCGCACUUGGCUGGAAUGAGAUCUGGGCUGUUCUCCGUAACCCAGCAUACUUUUUCCUCCUCUUUGUCUGCGCUGUCGGUGCAUACGUCACCUAUCAGCUCAACCUCUGGGGCCCGAUUAUGAAAAUGGUCGACGCGGCAUCUCGACAAGCAUUAGAAGAAGGAAAGAAGCGCCUACGUGAGUUCCUCGAGUCGUCUGAUACUGGUCGUCAAGCUAUAGCUAUGUCGGCGAAUGCUACGGGGCAUGGAGAGGAGUAUGAGAUGAAGUCGAUGAAUAAGAAGGUUGAGAAGGAGAAUGAUGAUGAUGAUGAUGAUAUCUAA